GCGGUCCCAGCCGGGGCUGCAGCGAGGAAGAGUCGAGAUGGUUCUGGAAGCUCGUCUCGGGAUUCUAGAAGACUCGUGCACGCUAUAAAAGUCCGCUGCGGCCGCUCCAGACGUGGACACCCCUUCAACUUAGCGCGCUACAUUCCGAGGAGAGGCGACUGACGAGAUGCCUGAAUUACAUGACCAAACAAUGGAGGAGGAGGCUGAGACUUUCGCCUUCCAGGCUGAGAUCGCUCAGCUGAUGUCUCUGAUCAUCAACACCUUCUACUCCAACAAAGAAAUCUUCCUUAGAGAGCUGAUCUCCAACUCCUCAGAUGCUCUGGAUAAGAUCCGAUAUGAGAGCCUUACUGACCCCUCCAAGCUGGACUCCGGCAAAGACCUGAAGAUUGAAAUCAUUCCCAACAAGGAAGAACGCACCCUGACCCUUAUUGACAGCGGUAUCGGCAUGACCAAGGCUGACCUUAUCAACAACCUGGGUACCAUCGCCAAGUCCGGCACCAAGGCGUUCAUGGAAGCUCUGCAGGCUGGGGCCGACAUCUCCAUGAUCGGCCAGUUUGGUGUGGGCUUCUACUCAGCCUACCUGGUGGCUGAGAAGGUGACGGUCAUCACUAAACACAAUGAUGAUGAGCAGUACGCCUGGGAGUCUUCAGCCGGGGGGUCGUUCACUGUCAAGGUGGACAAUGCUGAGCCAAUGGGACGCGGUACAAAGGUUGUCCUUCACUUGAAAGAAGACCAAAGUGAAUACCUUGAAGAGAAAAGGAUUAAAGAGAUUGUCAAGAAGCACUCGCAGUUUAUUGGCUAUCCCAUCACCCUCUUUGUGGAGAAAGAGAGAGAUAAGGAAGUGAGUGACGACGAAGCAGAGGAGGAGGAGAAGGACAAGAAUGACGAGGAGAGGGAUGAGGAAAAACCAGAGAUCGAGGACGUUGGCUCGGAGGAGGAGGACGAUCAUGACAAGUCCUCUGACAAAAAGAAGAAGAAGAAGAAGAUAAAGGAGAAGUACAUUGACCAGGAGGAGCUGAACAAGACCAAGCCCUUAUGGACGCGGAACCCUGAUGACAUCACCAAUGAGGAGUAUGGAGAGUUUUACAAGAGCCUCACCAAUGACUGGGAGGACCACCUGGCCGUCAAGCACUUUUCCGUGGAGGGUCAGUUGGAAUUCCGCGCCCUGCUCUUCGUGCCUCGCCGUGCUCCCUUCGACCUCUUCGAGAAUAAGAAGAAAAAGAACAACAUUAAGUUGUACGUGCGACGAGUCUUCAUCAUGGACAACUGUGACGAGCUGAUCCCAGAGUACCUCAAUUUCAUCAAGGGAGUGGUGGACUCUGAGGACCUUCCCCUGAACAUCUCCAGGGAGAUGCUGCAGCAGAGCAAGAUCCUGAAGGUCAUACGCAAAAACCUGGUCAAGAAGUGCCUGGAACUUUUCACUGAGCUGGCUGAGGACAAUGAUAACUACAAGAAAUAUUAUGAGCAGUUCUCCAAGAACAUCAAGCUUGGUAUCCAUGAGGACUCUCAGAACAGGAAGAAACUGUCCGAGCUGCUGCGUUACUACACCUCCAGCUCUGGAGAUGAGAUGGUCUCUCUGAAGGACUACGUGACACGCAUGAAAGACACUCAGAAACACAUCUACUACAUCACAGGUGAGACCAAAGACCAGGUCGCCAACUCUGCUUUCGUGGAGCGCCUCCGCAAGGCCGGCCUGGAGGUCAUCUACAUGAUCGAGCCCAUCGACGAGUACUGCGUCCAGCAGCUGAAGGAGUUUGAGGGAAAGAACCUGGUGUCCGUGACGAAGGAAGGCCUGGAGCUGCCUGAGGACGAGGAUGAGAAGAAGAAGCAGGAGGAGAAGAAGUCUCAGUUUGAAAACCUGUGCAAGAUCAUGAAGGACAUUUUGGAGAAGAAAGUGGAGAAGGUUACAGUCUCCAACCGCCUGGUCUCCUCCCCUUGCUGCAUUGUCACCAGCACUUACGGAUGGACCGCCAACAUGGAGAGGAUCAUGAAGGCUCAGGCUCUGAGGGACAACUCCACCAUGGGUUACAUGGCGGCCAAAAAGCACCUUGAGAUCAACCCGGACCACCCCAUCGUUGAAACUCUGAGGCACAAGGCGGAAGCAGACAAGAACGACAAGUCUGUGAAAGACCUGGUCAUCCUCCUGUUUGAGACCGCCCUGCUUUCCUCAGGAUUCUCACUAGAUGAUCCCCAGACCCACUCAAACCGCAUCUACAGAAUGAUCAAGCUUGGGCUUGGCAUCGACGAGGACGACCCGACCUCAGACGACAUGCCGCCCGCCCCUUGCGAAGACAUGCCACCACUUGAGGGCGAUGACGACGACAGCUCCAGAAUGGAGGAAGUGGAUUAGGCCUGUGUUCCAUUUGUAUUGUUAAAAAUUAAGAAAUAUUGUUGUAAAUGGGCUCCGAUCAACCGGCUGUCUCCUGAAGACAUUCCCUUUGUUGCCAGCUGUUGUCUUAGUCGAAGUAUCUAUCAUGUAGGAUUCACUCCCUGAUACUGUUCUUUUUCUCUUAUUUUGUUUUCGUUUUGUUUGUUUAUAAACAUUCCAGUGUGUUAGCUUUGACUGUAAAUAACGUUGAUACUGUUACUUGAUAAAGAAAUAAAGUUGGUAAAGUCGACGUG